AGGGGGUUAUCGCCACGUUGAUACUGUGGCAAUCUGGGCGAUCUGUGGAUUGGAGGCCAUGGCGCACGCACGCAUCCAGAAUGCUUUAAGUAAGCACCAUUACAAUUUUCUCAAAAAGGUUGGAGAGGGUUCCUUCGGAGCCGCCAUCCUUUGCCAACACGAUUCCGAAAAGGAACGGGAUACCAAGGCAAUUGUCAAGAUGAUUGACAUUAGUCGUGCUUCCAAGCAAGAAAAGGAUGAUGCCUUGAAAGAAAGCAAGGUCUUGGCUUCUUUGAAGCACCCGUACAUCGUGAGAUACCGGGAAAGCUUCCAUGAAGACGGAUGGCUGUGUAUCGUCAUGGACUACUGUGAAGGGGGUGACCUUGCAGGGAAGAUCAAGAGCGCCAGGUCGUCGGCUAAGAUCUUUCCACAGGAUCAAGUUGUUCGAUGGUUCACCCAGGCGAUCCUGGCCUUGAAGUACAUCCAUGAUCUGCACAUUUUGCACCGCGACUUGAAAUCGGGAAACUUCUUCCUGUCAAAGAGUGGAAAUAUCAAGAUGGGUGACUUCGGCAUUGCCAAGGUGUUGGAGUGUACUGCUGCCUGUGCACAGACGCAGAUCGGCACGCCGUACUACCUGUCACCAGAGAUUUGUCAAGGCAAAAACUAUGCCUGGAGUUCAGACAUUUGGAGUAUGGGCUGCAUUCUCUAUGAGAUGUGCGCCAGGAAAGUUCCCUUCGAUGCACCUGACCUGAAGAGCCUGAUCCAUCGGAUCACGAAAGAGCAGGCGCCAGAGAUUCCCUCGGAUUACGGGGUUGGCGUCAGAAAUCUGGGCAAAGAGCUCCUAGAUCGAGAUCCCAACAAAAGGCCACCAGCCGCUGAAAUCUUGAAGCGGCCAGUGAUCCAAGAAAUGGUUCGAAGGAUGCUGGAUGAAGUGAAAGGUGAUGAGGAGGGCGAAAAACCUGCGCCACCCGCACCACCCCCCCCGGACGGCGGUGCCCCAGCUGCUGCUGUGGCUGGACCCUAUGGCAGUUUCGCUGGAAAAUAUAGCAAAAAUGAGCUUGUCGAGUACUACAGCGAGACACAUAGUGAAUGGUUGCCUGCUACCGUUACAGCCAGCAACGAUGACGGCCGUGUCCAGCUGAACGUGAAGCCAGGUGUUUGGAUCUCCUUGGAGAUCCAAGGGGCUAAAGUACGGCCGCGGCACACUGGGGCUGCCACACCUGCGACAGCUGCUCCGGCUCCACCAGCGGCGGCCAAUGGCGGGAAGCCCCCUGCUGGUGGCAGCAGUCCAGCGAGCAAACCACGAGCGCCCAGUGAGAAGAGGGACUUGCAGCGGCAAGCAAGUCGAGAUGCUGUAGGAGUGAGGGAUAACAGUCCACGACGUGGUCCCAGCCAAGAUCGCGGUAGAGGGCGGACGCCACAGGGAAGGGCAGCCAGCCCUUUCGGAGCUGCGGGCAUGCCAUCGGCUCGGGGAAACAGCAGAGGCAGAGGAUGAGUAGUUUGCCUCCCGACUUUGAGCCUAAAAUCGUUUGCGCAAAAUCGCCAAACCGUUUCACGCGGCAGUCAAGGGCUAAGCAGACUCUGGUGGCGAAAGGCUUUCCGGGCUCAUAUCCUAAUGGUUGAAUCAUGUUGAAUCUUGCUGCAUGUGGCCAUGUACAGAUUGUCUGCCACGUGUCCAAUUUGCCCCUUGUUUCAGUUCUCCGAAAUUCUUGUUUUGGAC